AUGGACACAACCUAGACAUUUGCAUAAGACUCUUCAGCAGAGCAAAACAUUGGUGCAGAGGAAGAAAUCAAACAACAAGGUAUUUAUAGUGCUUCAUUAUAAAAUAUAGAGAUGUCUGAUUAAGUGAAAUUGCUUGUUGAGUAGUUAGAUCAUUUGGACAAAUCGUAUUUCGGUAAAGAUAGACACAAAUUGAUUAAGCAGAAGAUAGAUGAUAUCACGUAGCUUUUGGACACUAAACCUAUUGAAUUCAUAUAAAACAAGAAAGAGAAAGCAGAUCUACUGUAUUUGAGAGGUAAAGCCCUUGACUACCUCCCUGAAUAUUCUAAAAAUGCAGAAGAUUUCCUUAGUAAAUCGAUUAAGCUGAUGCCAACAAAGCAAGAGGCUUGGGAUGCGUUAGGCCAUGUUUACUGGAAAAAGAGAGACCUCGCAUCAGCUAGAAAAUGCUUCGAGGAUGCUGAACAGAAGAAGCUAAACUAUAAGGAAUCAAUAGUUCUUGCUAACAAAGCUGUUUCACUUGAUCUGUCUGAUCCUUAGUCCUGGUAUGUGCUAGGUAAUGCUCACUUGACUAAUUUCUUUGUGAAUCAAGGAAGUACCGAUGAGCUUACAUAAGCUUUAAAAACAUACACUUAAACAGAGAGACUUCAAAAAGAGCCAAACCCAGAUCUCUAUUACAACAGAGCUACUAUUUACGAAUAUCUAGAAAGAUAUAAUGAAGCUGUGAGAGAUUAUUUAAGGGCUCAUUCAAUUGAUCCUAACCUUCAAGCUGAUUAAAGAGCUGAAAAGAUUGUCAAUUUUGUGAUUUAGGCUUACACUCUGAUUCAAUAAAAAGGAAGAGUAAAGUCAAAUAAACUCAUUAACAUGGUUAAAUCUGUUCCCACCACUCUGCCUCAUUAAGUAAGUUUCCCCACAAAUGAGGAGUAAAAGCAAAAGAUUAUUUAUAAUGUUGUGGCCACUAGUUAAAUAGAGGCAGGUGAAAAUUCACACGUAAUCGUUAGCGCAAAAGUAGUAUGCCAUUUGGCAAAAGAACAAGAUGUACCUAUGUGCUUCCUAGUAGUAGAUUUUAAAUACAACUUCAGCGUAGUCUCAAUUUAUCACACAAACAAAUCUCUGACGGAUAUCAUCAAGCCUGGUGAUGAAAUUCUUAUUAAAAACCCUCAGAUGAUACACACUAGUUUAGAAUUCAAGGGGAAACUUUACAACUACUAGACUUUAAAGGUGACAGACAUUACCAAUAUUUUAAUCAACAGCGCACCCUUAAUUGCAAAAUACUCGGAAGUUUAAGUUAUUACAAAUACAUUCGUUUGA